CCUCAUAGGAGAUCGAACGGUAAAGGCUCUUCAGAUAUUGGGAACAUUUCAUUCCCUCUUCCUUCCCCGCCCUUCGUGAAAGGGAUGGAUGGAAUGGUCCGAAGAUUUCGUCAUGGAGUACUUCGUUGAUAACUGAACGUAGUCCCCAGUCGAUCACGUCUUCGAGGGGUCGUGGAGCAUGGCUUCUUGAUAAAAUCAUCGAGGGUAUGGCAUAGCCUCCAGGGAAUGAAGCCUUCAGUGCCUCUACGUCAACAUCGUUUGUGUAAGGUGUUUCGAUGCCAUCAAACGGCCAAUUUUCUAAGGUCCAUUCCGCAGCACCUAUACAGAAAUCGGCGACAGCGGUGUUAAGUUUCACAAAACCAUCCAUCAGGUGUCGUGGGAGCGCGUGGGUUUCCGCCACUUGUUGGACAAGAGAGGGUUCAUGUGAGAUGAUGGUGCUGGGUAACUCUUCAACUGUAAUAUUCAAUGGUACCACCUUGCAUCCUGACACAGUGGGGUCCGUAUGUUUUUGAGUUUCGAAGGGAUAAAAUUGUGAUCCACUGUGGUGACUCGGUGGCCUGGGAGGCAGUCUCAAAAAUUCAUUGAGUGGCCCUAAGCUCCACCUCCCCACUGACGGUACCGGUGGUAAGGCCCAAGUGUACUCUGGAAUUGGAGAUGAUGCAUGGACCGACACCGAGGAGGAGGAUGGUGAUGGUGUUUGACUUGACAUUGAUCCUGCAUUGUCAAAUGAUCGGCGCAGUGAAUUAGGGGCAGUUGUACGCGUGCUCCGGCCACCACCUGCCCUGGGUGUACGGUCGUCAGAACGGCGAGUCAUCUCUGCGAGGGCGCGUUGCGCUCCUGAGGGCAGUGCUUGAUGAUUCAGAGGAAACAAGAGAAACAAUAAAUUUGUGGCUAAGAGUUUG